AGCUUUGAGUUGGAGGAGCAGGAAAGUUAGACAGCUAGCUUACUGGCUAACAGUGGUUACUAGUGCUGCUCUGAGACGUGGAGGAAACUGGCUGGCCACGUCGUCCACCGAGCUCGUUAUGGUGGCACUCGCCUACGGCCGCUGUGUUUCUUGCUAAAAUGUAGAGUUACAAAGCCGAAACAACCGAAUUUGCAGCAUGCCCAAGCUCGAAUAGUCACUGACAAUGUUGCAUUAUUUUCGGAACACAGGCAGUUUCCGUGUAAGCAGUUCAAAGCUGAGUGCACUGUUUACGCUUUUGUGUUUUAUGUUCAUUGCUGACAACCGCUGUGUUUUCAAGGUCUGAGUGAAAUCUGCAACGUUACUCAUGCACUUGGCAUUUAGAUACUUGCUCUAAAAUCUUCUAGAAGUCCGCAGCACUUAUGGUGACCGGUUUCCUAGCUCACCAUGAUGGCCUCACUGUGUCUUCUCAUCAUUUCCACAAAUGAGAGCAAGUUAGUCAAAUUAAUCAGCUCCAAAUAUAGUAACACACGGGUGUUUUCCUAAACACGUUGUGCUACAAUUAUGUUAAUAUCUACAGAAAAUGGGUGUUUUGCUAAAGUCUUAGUGUCGUGGUGAGCUAGAGUCAGGCCUCUUUGACAUUUGAUCAUGUUUAAAGUCUUUUUAACUAAGUUUGUAUCAAAGCCUAUCUGAUUUCCUGUGUAAAAGGCACUGGUGUCUUUGCGUAUGUAAUGAUGCCACUAAGGGUCAAGCUGUGAAGCACGGAGCCACUGUGUUGGCCUGUCAGAUUGGAGAGGGUGUGGCUGCGUCAGUGGGGCUUCCAUCACCACUCUCGUGUUCCCCAUCUUUGAAUACCUGCCUGCAUCACCCACUGCCAGAAGUCUGUGUCAGUCAGACAACAGUUGGUACGCUCGUGACUCGUGCAUUGUCAUUCACCAGCGAGAAAGCCCGACAGUAUGGACCAUCUACAGUGAUCUGAAAAGAUGAACGAAGCUUUGAAGAAGAGGUUUGAGUUCCCCAGCUCUCUCAUCCAAGCCCAGGCUGUGAGGAGUCUGGUCGCCGCAGUGUUGAAGGAGAAAGGCCAGAAUGAGAAGAUCUCUGAGUCCACUACACAGGGCCCCGCCCUGGACGCCCUGUGGGAGCAGUGUGACAGCGAGAGCGGAGUGGUGCGUUCGGCCUGCUGCAGCGCCCUUGUGCUGCUGGUGGAGCAGGGCCACGCUGACCUGCAACAUGUGCUCAACAGCAUCCUCAACAUGCUGCCCUCUGCAAGGAGUGUCCAAGGACUGAUAAAGGUGGUUGGGAGGUUGCUACAGAUCCAGGCGAGUCAGAGAGAUAGAAGGAGCCACUUCACUUGCCCAUACUCCAUCAGGAUGUGCCCUCACCCGUACAUCACAGUCUUGGAGAACCGGCCUGACUGCUGGCCCGCUCUGCUCCAGGAGAUUGAUGACUUCAUCCAGCUGGCUGCAGACAAAAAUGAGUCGUUGUACAUUUCCAUGCUUGCCCCCUUCCUGCGCUACCUGUACUGCGAGCCCCAGAGGCUGCCGGAGAACGCCCUGCUCAGAUACGGCCUGCUCCAUGUGCUGCUGCAUCCCCGUGACCCCGCCCCUCUGGGCAAUACCCUGCGCCACACGCCUGUCGCACACGAGAUCCUGUGCUGCCUCGUUCACUUGUUCCCGCAUAUGACGGUGGACAGUGUCACAGCCCUGGUGGAGCUGAGUUCCUUGGCCGAGUCCCUGACCGCCGCGUUGCUGGGCGACCCGGAGCGCUGGAAGGCGGAGCUGGCCCAGCUCGCCGUGCAGAUCCUUUGUGCCUGCCAGCUCAGCCUCCAGCUGGGUGGCGAGCUGAGGUCUCUCCUGCACACCCUCCAUCAGCUCCUGCCUGCGUGCAGAGAGGACCUGCCGUCCGAGCAGGUGCUCAUGGGGAUCUCUCUGCUCCUCCUCCGAGCCUCUGCCGUACAGCACAGCGCCCUCCUCGAGCUCGCGGUGAAGCUUGUCCCCGCCGAGGGGCCUCCUCCCUGGGGUGCCUCGCUGCUCCUCAUGCCGCUACUGCAUGUGCUCUCCUGCUCCGCCCUGAUGGAAGCCCUGAUGGAGCCGCAGACCCAGGCCAGGAGCCAGGAGCUGGCCAGCUCUCUGCUCCAGAGUAUCCAGGCUGAACCAUGCGCCCCGAUGCAGAAGCCCACGCAGCUAGCGCUGCCUCUCAGCCCGUGGUACAGUGAGCUCCAGGCGGCCUCUGCUGUGCUUCACCGCCUCUCGGCCCACCCCACGGCCUCCGCCGAGUGGCUCCACUCUGUCCGGUCGGUGCUUCCGUCCUGCGAGCGCCUUCCCGACACGCUCCUGCUCCUGGUCUCCCACCUCAUCGCAAGCAGCGACGGGGACCUCUGCAGGCUGGCACUGAACACGGCGGCCGGCCUGGCCGAGGCCGACCCUGCCCAGGUCCCGUGCCUUCUGCCGGUGUUGCUGUUUAAGCUGGACCGUGCGUCUGACCCAGUCCUCUGUCAUGCUGUCCUCUCCACUAUACCAAAGCUGGCAAAGCACAAGUUCUGUAUCCCACAGGUUCUGCGCGUGCUCCAGACGCUGGCCGGCUCCCCCAAGCUUAGGGCGGUGGCCCUGCGCCUCCUCACUGCCCUGUGGCAAAAACAGGACCGUGUGUAUGCAGAGGUGCAGAAGCUGAUGACCGUGGUGGAGAAGUCUUCUGUGGUUGUGGGGAAGGAGGCGCAGUGGGAGCAGGUUGUGGCCAGAGGUGCCUGCAUCCGGGACAUCUGCAGGGAGAGACCCUACCAGCAUGGAGGAGACAUGCUAGCGGCCAUCACGGCCACCCUGGCUCAGUGCUCGCGGGGGGACCAGGCCACGCCGGCAGCCCUGGCCCUGCAGGGCCUGCAGGAGCUGUGCAGAGCCGAGGUGGUCGAUAUUGGUUCCACGUGGAAGGCCCUCUCUCCCAGGCUGAGCUGUGAGACGAGGCCCCUGGUGUUGAAGGCCACCGCUGAGCUGCUGUCCCUGGUGCCCUCUCUGCACGUGCGCACGGAGCAGUACGAGAAUUUCAAAAGUGAGGUUGUCAGUGUUCUGUGGAGCCAUGCUUUAAGUCAGGAUGCAGUGGUUGCUAGCAGUGGCUACAGAGCCCUGUCCGAAUUCCCAGAAUCCUCCCACUCCGUCCUGCACCUACCCGAGCACGCCAGGCCAGAGAGGAAGGAGCCUGACCCCCAGGACGAUGAAGAGAACGAACAGGAUGAGGAUCUGACCGUGCCGGGCGCGUCAUAUGUCAAACUUGUUGGCCUCACGCCCCGGCCCGUGCUACCAGCCCUUGAGACCUUUCUGACAGCCCUUGUAAGACAAGAAAUGAGCCAAAUGCCCCGUGGAGUGUACCAUUCUGCCUUGAGAGGGGGAAACCUGCGCUCAGACCAAGGGAAAACCGUGGCGGGAAUCCCUGCCUUCAUGCUGAAAACAUAUGAGAAAAACAAGCAGCCAGGCCUGAAACCUGGUCUCGCAGCUGGUUUGCUACUGUGUUAUGACCUGCCGGUCCAGACUGACAGAGAUGGACGACCAAUUAGCCGCUUCAUGGUCAGCAGGGGACGGAGCUUUCAACAGAUGUUAACCACCUUCAUCCAUGAGGUAAACAUCCAGCCUUCAGAGUGGCAUCGCUCUCUCCUGCUCCCUCAGGCCUGGCGUGGCUUCAUGAGUCGCGCGUACCACGCUGUCUUGCAGGGUCGUAACGCUGAGCUGGAGAUGCUACAGAAGCAGGGGAAGGCGAGUCCGGAUGAGCUGCAGUAUAAACAACACUGUGCUUGGCUCUGGGUCAGGGACCAGCUGACGGAUGUGGUGAAGGCUGCAGCCAAGGACAGUCCAGUGGUCCAGGGGAACUGUGUUCUCGCUUUGAGCGGCCUUGCUGUGGUGCUGAGCCGCUACCAGAGCAGUCUGCCCACCCUGAGCCUCGGGGCAGUUGAGGCGGGACCAGAGGUCCUGCCCACAGCCCAUUGGCUGUCUACGGUGAUUGACACGCUCCUCAGCAUCGUGAGCAGCAACAGUCGGCCCAGAGGACAAGUCUUCCCCUGGUUCGUGCACCGCUCGUACUCUGGCGAGAACACGGCGAGCGCCAUCGCUCGCUCCUGCGCCGCCCUGGGCCUGGCGUUGCUGGCGCCCGUGCUGGUCACCACCCACAGGGAGGCCGUGCCCACCGUGCUGGACGUCCUGCGGGCCGGCCUGCCAUCCGCGCCAGCUGCGGACGACUCGCAAGCCCUGCAGUUCCACAGCGGCCUGGCCCUGGGCAUGCUGCUGGCCCGCCUGCUUGAGGAGAGGGUCAGUGAUAUCGGCGGGCAGUCCAUGUGGGAGCUGGUGCUGAGCUCUCUGGAGCAGCUGGAGGCAUGCUGCUUCAGUACGCAGCUUGAGUACAAUGCGGGGUGUGUGCUGGCCCUUGGUGUGCUGCUCAGUUCCCUCUGUAGCAGCAGUGAGGCUGAGCAGCGGGCGCGUGUGGUUCUCUCUCUGGACAAGCUCCUCCAGAGCCUGCAGGACAGCAUCGGCAGCACCGUGGGACGCUUGCAGCAGGAGGUCCUGGCGUAUUCUGUGGCGUGCGCUGGUGUGUCUGCGUUUAGUUCCGGUACUAUAGAUGGCGAUAGAGCUGAGGGGGUGAUGAGCACUCUGCGUUCCAUGACCGAGGAGAGCCAGCAGACUCCUGGCUUCUCCCUGGCUCUGGGCCUCUUCGUGCAUGGCCUCUCCUCCUGUGGCCAUGGUAAGGCGGAGGACCUUCAUCCUCGCCUGCUGUCGGCGUGGACCAAGAUUGUGUUGGCAGAGGGCUGCCCCACCAUGCAACGGCUGGCCGCCCUCAAUGGACUGAUCGCCCUGGUGGGAUCCGAGGCAGUUCUCUUUCAGCUCAAGAGCCAGUCAGAGCAGUCCUCACAGCACCAGGCCCGGUUGAAUGAGGUCAUACGAUCCAUUACGCAGAUCAUCUCUUUCUCAGGCGCGAUAGGUCUCCAGUCUAACGGGGCGUGUCUGGUGGGUCACUUGUAUUUGGCUCACAUGUCUAGUAGCCACAGCAGAACUGCAGUCCCUCAAGACUUCAGUUAUCUCCCAGAGAAAAGUAUAAUCAGAGCUUCCACUGAAUGCCUUAUUGAAGCAGGAAGGAAAGGGCCUGAGAUAUUUCCUUCCAGUCUGAUGAAGGUAGUCUUGGCUCCACUGGCCACUGUGGGGUCCAGUUUCCAAUAUCCACCAGUCAACUGGAACGCAAUCCUCUCUCCCCUCAUGAGGCUCAACUUUGGUGAGGAGGUGCAGCAUCACUGCCUGGAGCUGGCGGUCAGUCAGGUCCAGUCUUCUCCCAAUGCUUCCCUCUUCCUCGGGGCGUGGCUCGCUCCUCCACUCGUCCACAGCCUGAGCCUGCACACCAAAGCUCUACUCUACGAGCGCCUGUGCUCCUGGAUGAAGCACGUGGCCGAGGACAAGCUGCAGGUGUAUAUGGAGAGCCUGGCUGUGCAGCAGUUCCUCCCGGGCACACGCGCCCAGCGGAUGCCCCUCUGCCUGGCCGUCCUGCGGGGCUUGGCCUCGGCCAUGGCCCUGCCUGAUCCGGCCCGGACCUGCUGGGCCACCCUGUGCUCCAGCACGGAGAAGAUCUUCAACCUUUUACCUGAUAAUAUACAGGCUGAUGAGGUGGAACUCUACGAAGGCAUCUGUUCCUGUUUGUCAGAAAUGAGCGACACGGAAAUUGACAGGGUUGUCCGAGUCACUGAGGCCAACUUGGAGAAGACAGCCUUUAUUCUGUCAUACUUCAGUUCAAAAGGCAGAAUACCACUCCUGGGUCUCAAUGAUGUCAUUAGUACUGUGCUGCUAGGGAGCCAAUCAGGGAAGAGGGAGCAAAUCAGCUGGCUGCUGCUGCAGUGCUUCUACCAGUCACGUUUGGCCUCUAGCCCUAACACAGGUGUGUCUAAAAGAAUGGAGUGGUUGCUGGAGCUAAUGGGACACAUCAGGAACGUGGCAUACUGUGCACCCACAGUGAAAUGUGACAACAUCAAGGAGGGCACCGAAUUCCUGCUCGGCGUGUUUGCUGCUGCACUGGCGUCCUGGGCUGACCACUCCAUGCCUCUUCUCGUUGGUGCCCGGGCCCAGUGGUUUCCAUGGAGGCAAUCCCCCAUGGAGCACCUGGACCCGCCCCACGGCCUCUACAUGACUGCAGCCAUUGCUGAGGAGUCUCUUAAACAGUGCCUACUGGGAAUGCCUCACAGCCUGAAGCAGCUGCUCACCAAAGAACCGUGGAAGGCCCAGUCACAGAAGUUCACUGACUGGCUCUUCAGCUUGGUAGAAGCACCUAAAGAAUCCUUAUCACAGACAGCCAUCUUUAUAGCCCGAGCGGCAUUACUGGCAUUGAGAUCCACCCCAGAGUUCAAGAAGAAGGCUGUGUGGACCAGAGCAUACGGCUGGUGACCUUUGUAACGGACUGCCAGCUAGCUUUGAACAAAAGUCCUUAUUUUUGCUAUGACCUUUAGACAUUGCAGAGUUCUUUUUGAAAGCCCGUACUGGUUCGGACAUUGUAGAGACAUUUGAGUCUGUGUUCUCUAAAGAAUGCAAGUACAAGGACUGACUGUCGAGUGUGCAUGUGCCCACUGUCAUCCCGAGACACCAAAAGAACAAAUAGCUGACUACCUAGACAAGGAGGCUCUCAAUCAUAGGCUAAGUUUACAUGUUUUACUGUGGUACUCAGUGUGGGAAACUUUAUUACUUGAACCCUGUCAACCCUUCUGACCUUUUAAAAAAACACACUGUUCUGCUAUAGUUUUAAAAAAGCACUUGAUUUCUUUUGAAAAAGCUGCCACCGACCCUUUAAUAGGACAGCGUUACAGUAUGCUAUUUACAAGCUUACUUGGUAGUUUCAAAUACCUUUUCAUUUAAUAUGUUAAAACACUGUUACACAGUAUAUGCAUUUAUGUGGCAAACAAAUUUUUUUUUUUGCUGGUAAAU